AUGGACGAAACACUAUUCCAAUUAAAGUUCACCUCCAAACAACUCGAAAGACUAGCCAAAAAGGCAGAGAAAGAGUCUGAAAAGGAGCAGGCGAAGGUCAAAAAGGCUCUGCAAACGAAAAAUGUGGAAUGUGCAAGAAUAUAUGCUGAGAAUGCCAUCCGGAAAAAAAAUGAAGGUCUAAACUGGUUGCGCAUGUCAUCUCGAGUCGACGCUGUUGCCUCUAAAGUCCAGACUGCUGUCACUAUGAAAUCAGUGUCUAAAAAUAUGGGCCAGGUGACCAAGGCUCUGGACAAAGCUCUGAAUUCUAUGGACCUUCAAAAAGUCUCUGCUGUUAUGGAUAAGUUUGAAAGCCAAGUCCAAAACCUUGAUGUCCACACCUCAGUUAUGGAAGAUUCCAUGAGCUCUGCAAUGACACUAACAACACCACAAGAACAGGUGGAUGACUUAAUCCAUCAAAUAGCCGAGGAAAGUGGCCUGGAAGUGAUGGACCAGCUCAACAAAUUGCCCGCAGGAGCCACAUCAGUGGGUGCGGAGAGUUCACGCAGCCAGGAGAAGGAAGACCAGCUGUCAAGACGAUUGGCAGCUCUGCGGAACUGA